CCCUCUGGAUCCGGUCGCAGCAGAACGAUGGCAGCUUCGAGCUCGAGCAACAUGCUGCAGUUCAUGAAGCUCAUUGGACAACUCAAAAGGGUUCCUCGGACCGGCUGGGUUUACCGGAAGGUCCAGAACCCGGAGAGUGUCUCGGAUCACAUGUACCGGAUGGCCAUGAUGUCUCUGACCAUCAGCGACCCGACGCUGGACAAACACAGGUGCAUGAAGCUGGCGCUGGUCCACGACAUGGCAGAGUGCAUCGUGGGAGAUAUCGCGCCGGCGGACAACGUCAGCAAAGCAGAGAAACACCGACGGGAAGAGGAAGCGAUGCAGCGUCUCUCCGGCCUCCUGCCCGACGGACUCAAGCAGGAGAUCUUUGGACUCUGGGAGGAAUACGAGACUCAGAGCAGCGCCGAGGCCCGGCUGGUCAAACAGUUGGACCUCCUGGAGAUGAUCCUGCAGGCCCACGAGUACGAGGAGCUGGAGGGGGCGCCGGGCCGCCUGCAGGAGUUCUUCAACUCCACCGCAGGUCGGUUCCAGCAUCCCGACGUGCUGCAGCUGGUCGGCGCUCUGAACGAAGAGCGAGGACGUCACAUGACCGACUCACAGACUUCUGGGAAACCGCAGACGGCCGCUUCAGCGUCCGAACAACAAAACCCGAAACCCUCACCGACGUCCUGACACACAAACGAGGAAACUGGACUCUGGACGUUCAGACAAUAAAACGGUUCUUAUUCCUUCUGUUUACAGGUUAAAUUCACUCGUUUGUCUGGAGCUUGAAGUUGUUUUCAGGACAGAUGCUGGAGGUUUGAAGCAGCUGCUGAUGACUUACUGAUAUGACAACAUGAGCUCAUAUCUGCACAUAAAGUUCUCUCAUUGAUGCAUUUUUAGUUUGUUGUGGAUGUUUUUUACAUAUUAUACCCUGUAAACUAUAUUCUACACAUGAACAGGCUUUAAUUUGUGUUUUUCUUGUUAUUAUAAACGUAUAUUAUCUGGCAGAUACUCCAUCAUUUGCCGUUUUUCUGCAUAAAUGUGACUGAAAACAUCCUCAGAUUUUCAUAUAAAUCAUAAAAGUGGACAAAAAGAACCUGAUUUGACAAAUAAAACUGACAUAUUCCACUUGUUUAUUUAUAUUUUAAGGAAAAUAAUCAAAUAUUAUCACAUAAUAAAUACGUUUAUAUCAAUAAAUACAAGAUUAAGUUCAAUGUUUGUCUUUUAUUUCUUUAAUUGCAUCAUUUUUUAAAUAUAAUUUUCAUACUCGUGUGAUAAUCUGAGGACGCUUUCGGUCACGUUUUUGCAGAAACGAAGUGAAUUCUUAAUUGCGGUGCUUUUUUUUUUUCUCCUCCUCGUUAUAAAUCUGAUGAGUUCAAACAUUUCAUUAUUUUUUUUCUGCCCAGAGCUUCAGCUUCACGUUCAUAAAAACAGUCGUGUGUCACAUUUGGUUUGAACAGUCUUUAUUAUUUCAGCCAUAAAAACAGUGAAUUAAACGGAGGAACGUGUUGAACAGCGUUAUCACA